AUGGUUUUAAUUCAACCCUUUCAAGAUUUAUUUGAAUCUCUUGAUAAAACUACAGCAGUUAAUUUACCAACAAGUAAAGAAAAUGCAUUAAAUAUAGAAUUCUAUAGUCUUCAAGACAUAAAUUCCCCUAAGGCAGUAUAUAAAGGCCAAGGACCACUGCUACCAUUUGCUGCUAGUGAAGUUUUCUAUGCACCUAUUAAUGAAUGGAGAAGGUUGACAGCUGUAGAUGAUAGUUGCAAAACAGUUUAUGAAGUAACAUUUGAUAUCAAUGGGAGCAAUUUUAGUUAUAAACCAGGGGACACCAUUGGCAUUAUACCUCGCAACAGUAAAAGAGAAGUGCAGCUCCUAAUUGAUCACUUGGACUUAAAAAGAAAUCUUGAUGUGACUUAUGCACUCAAAUUAAAUACUGGCCAAAAAGGAGCAAAAAUUCCAUUGCAUAUACCUAUUAAAUCAAAUCUGAGAUAUGUUUUAAAUAACUGUGUUGAUCUAAGAGGUAUAGUCAAAAAGCUAUUUCUUCUGGCCCUUUCAAAAUAUACACAGGACAAGAAUGAGAAAAUGAUUUUAGAAUACUUGUGCAGUAAGGAGGGCUCGACUGCAUAUACAUCACACAUUUUAAAUAAACAAAUUUGUAUAUUGGACUUGUUUAUAUUAUUCAAAUCAUGUAAACCACCUGUUGAAGUUCUGUUAGAACAUCUCCCAAGACUUUUACCAAGGGCAUACUCAAUUGUCAAUAGAAAGAGUGAUGACAACAGAUUAAAAAUAUGUUUUUCUGUCAUUGAUAUUGGUAAUAGCAGAAAAGGUCUUACUACUGGUUGGUUAGAGAGUAUCAUUUUAGGGAAAAAUCUUGAAGAAAUGAUGAAUAAUUUAAGUAUGGAUGAAGAAAGUAGUUUAAUUCCUAUAUAUAUUAGGAAAAAUGUGAAUGAAUUUUACUUACCCAUUAACAGUGAAUGUCCACUUAUUUUAAUCGGCCCAGGAACUGGUGUAUCACCAUAUAUUGGAUUUUUAGAAGAAAGGGAAUAUUUACAGAAAGCUCAACCAAAUAUGGGUUUUGGUGAAGUAUGGUUGUUUUUUGGGUGUCGAAAUCCUAAAUUAGAUUUUAUAUAUGAGAAUGAACUAAGACAUUUUGAAACACAAGGAGUUAUUACUAAUUUACAGACAGCUUUUUCUAGGCUUGAAAAUACUGACAUUUGUUAUGUACAGGAUGCUAUGAUCAAGAAAGGCAAAGAACUUACAAACUUAAUAAUGCAAGGUGCAUACAUAUUUGUUUGUGGGGAUGUCAAAGUGAUGGCAACACAGGUGAAAGAAGUUAUUGUGCAAUUUAUAGAAAAAUAUGGUGAAAAAACUAAAGAAGAAGCAGAAAAUUAUUUAAUCAAUAUGCAAAAAGAAAAAAGAUAUCUAAUUGAUAUAUGGAAC